AUGGAGGUGGACACCAGAGACGGAGCAGCUACGUGGAGCGCGUUUGGAUGCCUUGAUGAUUGCCUCCAACAAUACAUAAAGAACUUUGAAAGGGAAAAGAUCAAUGGGGAACAGCUGCUACACAUCACUCAUCAAGAGCUUGAGGAACUGGGAGUCACUCGCAUUGGCCACCAAGAACUGAUACUGGAAGCAGUUGAUCUGCUAUGUGCAUUGAAUUAUGGUUUGGAGACUGAAAACCUUAGGACACUCUCUCACAAGCUGAAUGCCUCAGCUAAAAAUCUUCAGAAUUUUAUAACGGGUAGAAGGAGGAGUGGCCAUUAUGAUGGCAGGGCCUCCAGACGACUGCCAAAUGAUUUUCUUACCUCUGUAGUUGACCUGAUUGGUGCUGCAAAGAACUUACUAGCCUGGCUGGACAGGUCUCCAUUUGUCAGUGUGACAGAAUAUUCACUGCUGAAAAACAACAUUGUUCAACUGUGCCUGGAACUAACAACCAUUGUGCAACAGGAUUGUACAGUGUAUGAAACAGAAAAUAAAAUUCUUCAUGUGUGUAAAACAUUGUCUGGAAUUUGUGACCACAUUAUCUCGCUCUCAUCUGAUUCUCUGGUGUCACAGUCAGCACAUCUUGAGGUAGUUCAUCUCACCAGCAUUAUGCCCAGUGAGGGUUUGGGAAUGUAUAUCAAAUCAACGUAUGAUGGGCUACAUGUAAUCACAGGAACAACUGAAAAUUCUCCUGCUGACCAGUGUAAGAAAAUCCAUGCGGGAGAUGAGGUGAUCCAGGUCAACCAUCAAACUGUGGUUGGCUGGCAGUUAAAGAACCUAGUAAAUGCUUUGCGAGAAGAUCCAAAUGGAGUGAUUUUAACAUUGAAGAAACGCCCUCAGAAUACCCUCGUUUCUGCUCCUGCCCUUCUGAAGAACGUGAGGUGGAAGCCUCUUGCACUUCAGCCUGUAAUUCCAACCAGUCCUACAAGCAGCUCUACAACUCCAACUAGUACAAUGGGCAUGUCCUCAAAAAUGGAGAACUCUGCGCUCCAGGAUGUUUUCAUUCUGUCUCCUAUGUCAGGACUUUAUGGCCCCAGGGAUGAAAUUGGAAUAAUGUCUUGUGAUGACAUCAGCAAAUUUGGAAAGUCUGGAAUGAAAGGCUCUGAGUCUCCAAGUUAUUUUCUGGAGCAUGAAAGUGGGAAAUACUACACCUUAAUUGAAGGUGAAGGUCAUCCUGUGGGCUCUGAGUAUGAGCGAAGCAGAGCUACUGGAGUGCGGAGAAGAGAAAAAACACCGACUCAUGGAGAUUUAAGGCCUGUUUCUAUGCCUACUGAGUACAGCUGGACGGGGGAGUCAAAAGAACAAAAUAUGUACAAGAGGGGAAGCAGAGACUCUGAGAAUUCUCUCCUGCGGUACCUGAGUGAUGACAAGAUCUUGGUUAUCCAAGAAGAGCCUUUGAUGCAGAAAGACAACAAAAAGGACACAGGUCGUAGGUCAAGAAAAAAGGGCAAGAACACAGGCAGCCCAAACUACCCUAUUAGUCCAUCUGUGCUGGCAUCUACUGUUAAUGUUAGGCUUGAACCUGGACAGCAAGAUGCCUUGAAUUUCUCACUAGCAGAAAACAAUACAGUUCCACUUUAUCAUAGAGCAGGGGACACAGUCAGUGGAGAUACUGAAAGAUGUGCUAGUUCUGCGCUUGACCGUCACGGAAGCACAUCCAUGAGGAAGUCAUUCCAUUACGCUUCCCUCAGAGUAAAAACAAGGAAAUGGUCAAAAGGGGGCUCUCUAACGAGUGAGAGCAGAAGGCGGAUUUCUUGCAAGGACUUGGGACAUGGAGAUUGUGAAGGCUGGCUAUGGAAGAAAAAGGACGCCAAAGGUUACUUUACACAGAAAUGGAAAAAAUACUGGUUUAUUUUGAAAGAUUCUUCCUUGUACUGGUACACAAAUCAAAAUGAUGAAAAAGCAGAAGGAUUCAUUAGUUUACCUGAGUUCAGGAUAGAUAGAGCAAUUGAGUGCAGAAGAAAACAUGCCUUCAAAGCAUGUCACCCCAAAAUUAAGAGCUUCUACUUUGCAACAGACUGUCUUGAAGAAAUGAAUAGGUGGAUGAAUCGUUUGGGCCUUGCAGCAAUUGGUUACACACCUGAUGACAAGGACAUUCAUCCAGAUGAAGGCUUUCUUGUGAGUAAACCUGCCGGUGAAAGCUGGAAUUCUUCGUUAGCAGAUUACUGGAGUGAAAGCGACCAGGAUGAUGUUGAUGGCUGUCUAACGCUGAAGCAGGAAGGCUCUUCAACACUGUGUGACACCUACCAUCGAACACCCUCAGUGAAUUCUUCAAGUCCCUUCCCUGAACCCAAACACGGUCGGCACUUUUCAAGUGAAUCAACAUAUUCUCAUUCUUCUGCUGAGGAUUCUCGACAAGAUGCAGCAGGAAGCACGCAUUCCUCCGGAUGCAGACCUGCCUACCGAGAAAGACGCUCAUGGCAGGAUCUGAUAGAGACCCCAUUAACCAGUUCAGGGCUCCACUUUCUUCAAACUGUUCCUCCUGAUGCAGAAUACAUGAGUGGGCGGCCUGGAAUGUCACCAGAGAAACGGAGACAAGCAACAUUACCGGUUCAAAGACGUCAUAAUCAUGAACAGGAUGGGCCUUUCCCUUUGGUGGAAUGUCAAAGAGGACAUAGUUCUCAUAGGCCACAGAAGCAACGUAGUCAAAGCCUUCCACGAAAUAGAGAUGUCAGGGUUAAGGGGCGUGUAAAGUCUGUGGAAAUAACGGAAGAAAAUCCAGAAGAGAAAGUUCUUAUUAGAAGGCAUAAUAGUUUCUGUACAGAAGAAAACAAAAAUGAAAUUGGAGAGAAUAUAGAUGGUCUGCAAGAGCUGUACAAGUCUCUGGAACAAGCUAGCUUGUCAGCUUUUGGAGAACAGCGUCCUUCCACCAAGCAGGAGUUCCGCAAGUCUUUUGUGAAGAGAUGUAACGAUCCAGUUAUCAAUGAAAAGCUUCACCACAUCAGAGUUCUCAAGAGCACUUUAAAAGCGAAGGAAGGGGACCUCACAGUUAUCAACAGCCUUCUGGAUGAUCCCAACUUAACAUCAAAGAAGUUUAAAGAUUGGAAACUGAAGAACUAUGAGUUUUUCGUGGACAUUUGUGGCAAAGCUGGCAGCUGUUUCUUCUGGUCUGCCAUGUGCAUCUAUUACUGUAUAUGCAGCAACAGAAAAGGAAUCAAAAGUGCAGCUGAUGAAACCAAAUCAGCUUCCAAUUUACUCCUCACCGCCUCUGAAGUCUAAGUACAUUGAAGAACAACCUGGCCAUUUGCAGAAGGCAUUUUCUUCAGUCAGAAAGACAACCAGCCGCUAUAUUGGGUGGU